UUGGGAAGAUCCGUGUCUCAGCAAAGCACACAUCAACAACCAACAUCACGGGUCGCAGUCAAAAAAGAAGCGAACUGUAAGAAAGUAAGACGACAUUCGCAAAAAACGAAAGACGGGGGGUUACAGUUCAAAUCUACCGGGAUAGGGAGCUAGCAAGCCUCAAGUAGACAUUUUGGCUUCUAAGUUCAUUGAUUUCUCUGUUUUCGAGGGCCCUUCAGAAACGAAAUACGUCAAAACGCACACCACGGGGGAGACCAAUAAGAAGAGCAUAACGUGCCGCGGAAACUCAGCGUGCAGAAACGAGCUGGAAGCAAAGAGAGACCGUUCAAUAUCAGUAAAUGCUAAUGCGGACAGCACUCAACAGUUGGUUUGGUUCUUUGAAAUUGAAUACGGGGGUCCCAGCCAGAAGUUUCCUAUUCCUCACUCUCUGCAUCAUUACCACUUAUAUUGUUUUAUGCGGAUUGUAGAUUCGACGAGAACACGGGAUCAACCUGAUGCACGCAUACAUUUUAGAAAGAAACAUUAUAAACAAACAUCAGUCCGCCGAGAGUAAAACAAAUCGAUUUUAGUUUCCAAACCUUCUCUUCAUUUGCAAAUCAAACUUGUAGUCGCCAUUGACUACUGAUCGCCCGCCUGCUGGUCAUCCUUCGUCCAUCAAGUCGACUUCCAUCCCGACAAUGUACCCAUCACUUAGUGGUCACAGACAGCAUCGAUCUGGAGCAGGUUGCUCAUGGAGGAUCCAUCCAUUACACCUGUCUUCUACCACCACCAUGUUCCUGGUCCUUCUUCUCACCUGUUUGCUCCUUCAAUGUGGGUCCGGCAGUGCCUCAGCUCAGGAGAUCAGAUCCCCUGGUGGUAAACCACAUAAGUUCAUGAGAUGGGGCAAGAGAUUUCUCGACACCCAAGCACUGAAUGCCAAGCCGACACCUGUGGAAUCCGGAUCCGACGAACUGCCCAAUGAACUCAUGAUACCCGUUAUUGGAACCGAUCGGAUAUUAUGCAAGCAUAUCGCGGCUGGUGGUCUCUACAAAUGCAUUUCCUACAGGACGCCCAAAAGCGAUUCUGUGUAUGACAUGGAGCAAUGAAACCCAACAGACAAAUAGCGGAGCAUCUCAUUGACCCUAUGAGGACCACAGACAGAUAUACCAUGUAUGGAAUCAAUGGCUCUCUGAAUUUGAGUGGCAACCAGAGGGUUAAACGAUGUCUUCAACAAUCAUCUCCUCCUAUACCCUUCUCUUCAUCCUUCUUUUCCUCUAAGGCUUCAUCAUCAUCGUCAUGAUAAGGAAAAAAAAAACCUAACUCUCACCAUUUCUGAAAAUUUUGUUACAUGAGAAGCAGUAACGGAAUCUUAAACUUAAUGCUGGUAUCACAUUCGAAAUAACGUGAUGAAGUCCGGGUGCGGUUUCUUUUAUUUAGAGGUGGUGUGUCCUUUUAUGUAGGCAUACGAUCUAUUGAAAGCUGUCUUCUCAUACUGAUAUAUGCCCAUAUGAAAGCGCUUCUCUUAAAUUCUUUCUCUUUUGGUGAAAUUCAAUUGUAUUUACGAUUAUAUUACGAAUUACAAUAUUGUAAAGUCGACCAUCAUUUCUUGCGCACACAUUAGGAAAUUGAAAUAAGUUCUUCUAUUUAUUGUUAAUGAAUACUUAUGAUAAAAAUCGAAACAUCACAAAACGGAUACACCAGAAACUCCAGUGGGAGGGAAUUAUUAUUUGUUAUUGAUUUAAUAUAGUAUCGAAGCGCUACUUUGGGCAACUUAUGCAAUAAUUGAAGACUAUUCAUUCUUUGAAAUUAUGAACCUGUAUAUACAAAAAGUAACUUGUAGUUGCUUCAUAAAAUCAUUUAUCAAAUUCUAUAUCCAUGCUAUUUUCAAUAACAAAAAAUAUCCAAAAACACUUUACUUUAUAUAAAGUGGAUAAGGUAGUUAGGGAAAAGAACAUAUAAUAUCUGCAUUAUUACUUAGCAUAUUAAAUGAAACAUGAUUGUUUACAUAAUUAUAAAGCCAGUUGUUUGGUAUUUGUCCGCUCUACAUAGUCAUCAAAGAGAAAUUUUAAAAGAGUGACACAUAAUAGAGAUUAUGCCUCUUUCGUGUUUAUGAAGGCAACUUUUUUUUUUCGAGGUUUACAUGUUUUCUUUUCCAUUUUAUCUUGAUUCGAUAAAACUUUAAAUGCUUGACUUGUGUGGAUGAAAAUGUACGAGAAUAUGUGCGCUAGCAUGUUUGUACAGCCCUUGAUCAAGACUUGUGUCAGCCGUCCUCGAUUAGAUGGUAGAAAAGAACACACACUGCGAAAGAUUAAAUAAAAAAACUUUAACUUCAAAUAUCCACAGAUUUGUCUAUGAUUUAUUUAAAAUCUCUUACAGUAGUAUUAAUCAGUGAUUUUUAUUUUAUUGGGCACAAUUACAACCCGAUGACCUUGCGGAUAAUAUUUUAAUCCUACUUUAUUAUGAUCAAAAGUAUUUUUAAUAUUGUAUUUUGAUUGCUAAUUCAUUGCUGUAUUAUCGUUCAAAUAUUUUGAUGUUUGAUCGAGUUUCGUACAGUUUAAAAACACAAAGAAUUAUUCUGAAAUCCUAGAAAUGUGAAUAACUAUUUAUUUCUUGAAAUUUAUUACUUGCUGAUCUUGAUAACAUAAAAUAAGGAUUAGGUCGUUUGGGAAAAAGAAAAAGUUGGCCUACUACGAAUGUUUUCAUGUACAUGAAAGUCUGCGAUACAAAUAAUGUUGGAUGAUGCCGCUCCAAAAUAUCUAUAAUGAGUAGGUAAUUAAUUCAAUGGUAUGAUGGAUUUGUGAAUGUAAAUGCUGUUAGUGUAUAGUAUAUUCUGUCCAUUUUAUCAUGAGAACAAUUUAAAUCUCCAUGUAAUCAUGCAAAAAUAUAAAUGAGUUAAUCUAAAAUAAUAGACGAAAUAUAGAAUAGCUUACAAGUAGUCACAGUUUAGAGUACAGUAGAAAAUGUUGGUACAGUUGCGACAGUGAAGACGCUUAUUUUUUCUUUUUCUUAUUACUGUCGAAACUACGCAUUAUCUUCAUCCGUCAUAAAAUUGUAAUAGGAACAUUGUUGUAAAUAUUACGCUGAAGACAACCAACGAAAAGAUGUAAUAUUCUCUGUAUUUGCAUACGUCGUCUCGUAACAACCUUUGAUUUCCGCUUAAUCUAUCAGUGAGAGCCCUUUCUUUAAAGACAAUCUAUGUAACUACUGAUUUAUUCGUACUUAAGCACCCAUUUUAUCAAAUAUGUAAUUAUACGACGUGCUCUUGUUGGAUUAAAUUUAGAAUCAUAUCCACUUACAUAAAUCUUAUUUUUCAACAAGAGUGCGUAUUUGUAAUCAGCAACAAGUUGAACAAAAAUGAGAGAGAAAAAGCAAUGGUAUUAAUAGAAGUCUGAAAUUCUUCUUUUUCUCAGUGAAAUUAUCUUGGGGGAGGUAAAGUUAAGUAGUACUUCUAAAUAACAUAAACUUAUUAAUAUACCUAAUAUAAAUAACCCGUAAAAUUGGCCAUUUAGAAAAUUCAAUUUGCAUUUAUGUUUUUUUCAUGGUCUUGGUAAUAGACCUUACUGUACGUACGAAAUGUAUUUCUUAUUUCGCCUGUAAUAAAAACAGCUUUGUGAUACGAUCCAUUGUCAUGUUUAAGUAUUACAUAAAGCAUUGAUCAUGUUAUGUUUCUACUCCAUAAGACAUGAGACAAAGAUAAUUUCUCUUAGCCUUAUAAAUAGCUUCCUGUUAAUGAUCUACAUAUCGACAACAACUUUUGAGAGACUCUUUUUAUUUCCAAAAUUCAUUCAAAUAAACUAUACAUUGGCUUAACGAAA